GAGCACAGCUGUGCGAUCAGCGUGACGCCACUGUGAGACCGGUCAUGGCAGUGAUGGCCGUCCUGUGACGACUCGUGACUGUUUCUGCUCGUGUUCGUGACUUAUCUCGUGACUGUGUUACCCGGGACGCUAGUGCAUACGUGAUAUAUUGAUAACCCUUCAUGGUGGAAGCAGAGGGAUGGUCUCGAUGGCCGCCAUCAUCCCUCUUCUGAGCUCUGUGCUGCUCGCGGUGACCUGGGCCGGUGACCUGCCGGUGACCUCUCCCACCGGAGCGGUGCCAGCCGUGACCUCAGUCGCCCCCGUCACUGAGCCGGCUGAGGACGGGCUGGACUCAGGGAUAGACACAGAAGACACCGGUCCGGCGCUGACCGUCUCCUGUCAGGAUGAGCUGCACUGCCACUGCACACUGAGGAACGGCACCGUGGACAUCCAGUGCCGCUACGGCAACCAGGCCGUGGUGCUGCGCUGGAACGUCAUCACACCCCGUCCGGAGGCGGGCACCCGAUUCGAGAUCGACCUGCAGACGCGCGGCACGGUCAGGGUGCUGCCCUCCUUCCUGGACCUGAAGCUGCAGCAGCCGGCCGACGGCAGGCCCUGCGUCAUGUUCAUCGUCAGGGACGCCACGCUGGUGGACGCGCUGUACGCCAGCGAGAAGACCUUCCCUACCGAGUGGCACCUGGAGCGGGUGAACCUGCGCUCUCUGAACGGCGAGCAGCUCUCGCCGGCGCCACACCCGCUGCUGCUGACGGUCCGUCAGAGUCGGGUGGGUGUGCUGCGCGUGCCGCCACUGCCGGCCGGCUCGCGGCUGACGCUGGACGACUGCCAGGUCAGCGAGGUCACCGGACUUCCGCCGACGCCGGGCGACGUGCCGCCUCUGCCGCCGCCGGAAGGAGCCGCCGGCCGGCCCGAGGUGACCGUGCGGAAGUGCCGCCUGGACACGCUGCGAACAGCUGCCCUCUCCAUAGAGGAUGUGCCGGGACAGAGCCCUCCGUCGCUGCUGUUCACCGAUAACCUGAUUGGCGAGAUGGAGCGAGCCGCCGUCACCGUGCGCAGCUCCUCCUGCCAGCUGGCGUUCGCCGGCAACACCGUCGGCCUGCUGCAGCCGGAGGUGUUCUCCGUGGCCGGCGGCACCCUGCGCAUCUUCAACAACACGCUGCACGUGCCGCACGCGGCCGCCUUCCGCGGCUUCUGCGGCCAAGUCAGUUUCGCCGACAAUGAUGUGCGCGUGCCGCCGACCUUCGGCGCGCUGCACUUUGACCCGUGCGCGCGCUACAGCCUGAUGGCCAACACGUUUCAGUGUCCAUGUGACGGCGUCGGCUGGCUGGCCAUGUUCGAGCGCCGGCAGCGGCCCAGCGUGCUGGAGGUGUUCUACGAGCGGCUGCUGCGCGGCUCGUUCUGCCGCACGCCGGCCGGCCCGGUGCCGAUGGCCGAGUUCGCGCAGCUCGAGGACUGCUCCGGCGCCCGGCUGAGGUCCACGCUGGUGCUGGCCACCGCCACGCUGGCAGCCGCCGUGCUGGUGCUGCUGCUGGGGCUGCUGCUGUGCUGGUGUUUCCACCGUAGACGCGGCGUCACCACCACCAAGCUGCAGCAGCCCCGCCUGCGCCGGCCCACGAACCUCUACACCAGCGGGAUCAGCGCCCCGAUCUCCAAACACUCGGCGUCGGCCGCGGGCGCCGGCCGCCCGGUCACCGCUCCCUCCAGUCCCUGCCUCUCGGGCCUCUCCGGCGUGGAUGCCCACCAUCUGGGCCACUACGUCACCCUGGAGGGUGAAGAAGACGACGGCCUGUACGCUACAAUCGUCUACAAGAAGCGCCGCGCGCCCGACCCGCCGCCCGGCUCGACCCCGGGCCCGUGCCGCGCCGCGCAGAACAAAGUCCUCAACAGGUGUGUGUCUGAGGGCGGCAUCCGGCUACCCAUCUACGGCAGUCUGCAGAACCUGCCGCCGAGGAAGCUGUCCGGGGCGGGGGCGGAGCUGCGCGGCGCCGAGAAGCCGCCCGAGGGAAUCGCCGAGGAGGGGGAGAACCCUUACCUGGUGCCGGACGGCACUGCCAGCGACUACACGGAGGUGCCGCCGCAGCUCUACGAGGAGGUCCUGCCGGUGGCCGGGCCUGCCCGCUCCGGAUGGGCCGCGCCGCACCAGGGCAAGCCCAGCAAGGACUCGGGCAUCGGGGACGACUUGUAUCUGGAGACGCUGCCUCAGGAGGCGGCGGCGAACCUCAGUGCGGACGUCUACAGUCCGCCGGUGCAGCCGAGAAGGGACUGAACGGGAGCACUCGAGCAGACAGACUGCUUUUCGGUGGUGAUGGCCAUCGAGGUCAGAGGUCAGGUCAG